AUGUCCCGCCAACGCAAACCAAGCACCACCCAACCAACCGCCGUCGCCGCAGAAGUCCUCUCACAACCCCCCAAAGCCCUCGAAAGACUCCUCCACUGGAACGACCUCCCCCACUGGCAACGCGACAACCACCACAUCCACACCGGCUACCGACCAGCCUCAUUCUCCUUUCUAAUCUCCUUUCAAUCGCUCACCUACCUGCACAAUGAAACCGUCAACAUCUACACGCACCUACUGCCCGCCCUCAUAGCAAUCCCAUCGGCAAUCGCUCUCCACAAUGCUCUAGCCCCGCGGUAUGAAACAGCAACGCAGGCUGAUAUCAUAGCGUUUGGGUGUUUCUUUGCCGGAGCGGCAAUGUGUCUGGGCAUGUCGGCGACAUACCAUACGAUAUCGAACCACUCCCCACUCAUCGCGCGUGUCGGGAAUACGCUUGAUUAUAUCGGUAUCGUGGGCUUGAUCGUUGGAUCUUUCGUUCCUAGCAUCUACUACGGCUUUUACUGCGCCCGUGAAUUGCAACGAUUCUACUGGACCAUGAUCUGCACAAUCGGACUGGGGUGCAUAAUCGUCUCGAUCUUCCCACAAUUCCGCACACCAAAAUGGCGGCCCUUCCGCGCAUUCAUGUUCGUGGGGAUGGGAUUAUCGGCUGUAUUCCCUGUCCUGCACGGGCUGCAACUGUUCGGGCUGGAGAUGAUGAACAAGCAGAUCGGACUUGUGUGGUUAUUGACGCAGGGAGGACUGUAUAUCCUGGGCGCGGGGAUAUACGCGGCGCGCGUGCCGGAGAGAUUAUAUCCAGGUGGUUUCGAUAUCCUAGGCCAUUCACAUCAGAUAUUCCAUGUAUUGGUUGUUUGUGCGGCGGGGGCGCAUUUGAUGGGGUUGUUGGAGGCGUUUGACUAUCGGCAUAAUGUUGCGGGUGGUUGCAAGUAA